UCUUCACAGCCAUUAGUUCGCCCCAAUAUAUAAAGCUCAAACGUAUAACCCCAAAAGUCUGUGGACAUAAUUAAGAGCACAUACAGUAGGAGCAAAGCAGAAGAAACAUGUCGGGCGAAGGAGAUCUGAAGCUGCUGGGCAUGGUGGUGAGCCCAUUCGUAGUCCGUGUACGCAUGGCGCUGCAUCUGAAGGGCGUUAGCUACGAGUACAUCGAGCAGGACCUGUUCAACAAGGGCGAGCUCCUCCUCAAGUACAACCCCGUGCACAAGAAGGUGCCGGUGCUCGUCCACAACGGCAAGCCCAUCUGCGAGUCGCUAGCCAUCGUGCAGUACGUCGACGAGGCCUGGGCUGCUUCGAGCCCCUCCAUCCUCCCCGCCGACGCCCACGACCGCGCCGUUGCUCGCUUCUGGGCCGCCUACGUCGAUGACAAGUUCUUCCCGGCAUGGAUAGGCAUUAUGAGGGCGGAGACGGAGGAGGACAGGGCCAAGAAGAUGAGCGAGACGGCUGCGGUGGUCGAGCAAUUGGAGGCGGCGCUGACCCAGUGCUCUAACGGGAAGGCUUUCUUCUCCGGCGACUCCGUCGGGUACCUUGACAUCGCGGUCGGAUGCAAUUUGUUUUGGCUCGACGCGAUGCGCAAGAUGUUCGGCGUGGUGGUCAUCGACGCCGCGAAGACUCCAGUUCUCGCCGCUUGGGCCGACCGGUUCAGGGAAAGCGAUGUGGGGAAGAAGGUCUUGCCUGACGCAGACGUCGCGGCGGAGUACGCUAAGAAGAUCCAGGCUUACCGGGCUGCUGCCGCAGCUUCCAAGUGACUGGUUUCAGUUCAGUCCCAGUAGUUUGGAUCGAUGAAUUGUGAACUGGAGAGUGUAGCUCCCGCAAUAAAGAGUAGG